CAGCCGGGACGUCGGCGGACUGUGUGCCUGCGCUGAAGAUAGGUGCAUGUCCCCAGUGUCCGCUCCGGUCGCCCGGUUAGGAAUGCGUCUCACGAAGCCGGUGUGUGGUGUAAUAUUUGAUGAAACGCCUACGGGGACUGCGGUUUGAGUAGAGUCAUGGUUUGGGAUCGCUUAUACCAUUAGUCUGAUAGCGUGCGAGCUUGAUUCAUUGAGCUAGCUGUCGUUAGCCCGCUUCGUUGAUUCAUCGCACGCUAGGUUGCUAGCCGGCUAGCUAGCGAGUGAGCUAGUUGAAGUGUGCUAUUGGCCAAUCCAGGAGACAAGCCGACUGACUGCUUAACACAGCCAGUGUUUCGGAGAGAGGCGGUGGUGGCAGGUGGGGGCCGGGAGAACGCGACGGGGUGGAAGUGAGUCAGGAGCGGCUGAUGAGUUCAGACCAGAGCGGAGAGCCGCCGCUGCUGCAGGAGGAGGCUGAUCCCGGACCGAAGACCGGUGGGAAGGACGAGGCUCCGCUGGGGAGCGAGGAAGGGUCGGGCGGCAUGGUCACCUCAAAGGGUUCUGGUUUGAACCCAAAUGCCAAGGUGUGGCAGAAGAUGCCCGUGGCCCCCAGCGAGGCUGUUACCAGCAGCCCUCUUUGGCCUUCCUUGAACAUCACUGAAGGUUAUUCAGAGCCUUUGUCUGCUGGAUGCAAGCAGUACACUGUGGUCCUGGGUGACAACAACUCCACAGCUACUGCUGAGAUAGCAGUAAAUGGAAUGGACCUACAAGAAGUGGGCUUGUCCCCCGCUGAGUCCACAACGGUGACCUCAGAUUCCAAAACUGAAGAACAGCCCAUCUCCUCUGAGAAUCUACGGGAGUCUCUAAAAAAAGAGCUGGAGUUUUAUUUCUCUAGAGAAAACCUCUCCAAGGAUUUGUACCUCAUGUCCCAGAUGGACAGUGAUCAGUUUGUCCCUAUUUGGACUAUAGCCAGCAUGGAGGGCAUCAAGGUCCUCACCACUGACAUGGAUCUCAUCCUGGAUGUGUUAAGAUCCUCACCCAUGGUACAAGUGGAUGAGAAGGGGGAGAAGGUGCGUCCCAAUCACAAGCGGUGCAUUAUCAUUUUGAGAGAAGUCCCUGAAACUACACCUGUUGAGGAAGUGGAGUCGUUGUUCAAAAACGAUAACUGUCCAAAGGUGAUAAGUGUUGAGUUUGCACACAACAACAACUGGUACAUCACAUUCCAGUCAGACACGGACGCCCAACAGGCCUACAAGUAUUUGAGGGAGGAAGUAAAAACAUUUCAGGGAAAACCCAUCAUGGCCAGAAUAAAGGCCAUCAACACAUUUUUUGCUAAGAAUGGCUACCGUAGCAUGGACAGCAGCCUGUAUGCCCAGCAGUCCCAGAACCAGUCCCAGUACAGCUCUCCACUCUACAUGCAGCAUGUCUACCCUCAGCAACAGUACCCAGUCUACGGCAUCGUGCCUCCCACCUGGACUCCCUCGCCCACACCCUAUUUUGAAACUCCUCUGGCACCGUUCCCCAACAGCGGCUUUGUGAAUGGAUUUGGCUCUGCUGGACACUACAAAACAAGUUCCACUGCUCUUAAUAUCACCCGCCCAUUCAACAGAAACCGUGUCCCCCUCUAUUCAAGAAAGAAUGUAAUAAAUGCUUUCAGAAACCAUGUAAAGCCACAGGUGAGGACGAAUGAGGUGACGGCACCUAUAACACCUGUCCCACUGGAUACUCUGACUGGACUGCGCAGCCCACAGCCUCCUGCUCCUCUUGUUGCAACAGCAAACCCAGGACAGACAGCCACUGACCUGAGCUCAGCAUUCUCACAUCUCUCCUCAUCUUUGGAUCCCAGUGAUGAUAGUGGCAUGGCUGGGCGUGGCAGACGGAGCACAACAUACAGAGGAACACGGAGGAGGCGAGAAGACGAGCGGAAUGCGAGGCCUGUUCCUUUAGCCGAGGUAAAGGUUUCUCCACCCAAGUUUGACUUGGCUGCCACCAAUUUCCCACCUCUGCCUGGCUGUGUGGUGAGCACGCAAGGAGAGCCAGUGCUAGAAAACCGAAUGUCGGAUGUUGUACGUGGUUUGUACCGGGACAAGGCAGAACAAACAAAUAAAGAAGCCACUGUAAGCCCAGGUUCAGGCCAGGCCCCAGCUUCAGAGGAAGUCGUGGUUGUGUCGAGUCCUUCCCAAACAGCCACAAAAUCCACAACUCAACCACUCGGGCCCCAGGGCCCCAGCGUGGCUCGUCAGGAGAAGAGGGGUGAACGUGCAGAGCCAAUUGCUCUAAGAGUAACUCCACGCACGCCAGUUCAAACUACCGUCAACUCCUCUUCCACACAGCCUGUGCCUAGCUCCAGGCCUCAAUGCUCUGCUGCUUCCACACCAGGGACUCCCAGCACGACGACUCCUCCUACAUCCACUAUUGCCACGCCUGCACAGGAACCCCGUAAACUCAGCUAUGCCGAAGUGUGCCAACGGCCACCCAAGGACCCUCCCCCUGCAGCCCCUGCUCCAGCUUCCUCUGGCACGCCAUCAGGCCAGCCGCUACGCGAGUUGCGUGUGAACAAGGCUGAAGAGCUGGGCUCCAGCAGUAGCUCUGGAGACAAGCAAGAGAAAGGCCAUGACAGGGAGGGGGGAUGGGAGUGCAAGGAAAGCCGGCCACCACGGGAACGUGACUCUCAAGGUUACUACCGCAGCAAUGGCCCCAGGGGCGCAGGGGGCCUCAAGUUCCGGGACCAGCGGCGCCCACCCCCAGCUCGACGUAGCUCCCCUCAGGGGGGCUACAGACACACUGGCAAAGAGCAGAACAUCCCACCAGUAUCGCCAAAGUAAAACCUUAAAAUGAAUAGAAAAAAGAUGUAUGAAUAUAUACAUGGAUAUAUAUAUAAUUAUAUAAAAAUGAAUAACAUAAAAGCAACAACAUUAUGGUAGCCACCUUCCCACCCUGGAACUUGUCCAAAGAAAAGCUUUUAAAGGACUGACAUCCAGGUUUUAAGGGCAAAAUGACACUUGAAGAACAUUGAUGAGCGACUUGAAAAGGAAACAGAAAUCUUGUUUUGGCCUCUGACAUUAUGCUUACAAGAAUUUAAGUGUGAUUUAUGUGGAGGCUGUUCAUUUAUGCUCUGCUAGGGAGAGGUGGGAUGCUGGGCCACGUAAAUGGCCCUCUACCUUUUUAAUUUUAAAGAAUUGAUGUUCGUCUGCAAGAACAAUAUGCACUAAGAUGAAAAGAACAUGCAUAUAUGUCAUGUACAUAUACAAAGAUAUCACUAACUCGCAACAAUACGUCAGAUAUUUUUUUUUUUUUUGUGCUUAGGUUGCAAGUAUGACUGAAGGGUUGACUGAUGUCUGUGUAUGCAUUGAUUGUUAAGCAAAAUGAAGUGUUGCAGAGUGCUGUUGUACCGAUGUAAUGAAAUGGAUGAUUUUUACAGCAGAGAUACUGAAUCAUUGUCCUAAAUCUGGACAGUGUGGUCUUAUGUAUAUUAAUGAAAUGCAUUCUUUGGUGGUGUUUUGAUCCUGGUUCAUGAUUGGCUUAAACGCUAUAAGUCAGACAUCAGAAACUGUCGAUGUGCGCCACAGUCAUCUGUGUGGUUUUGUUUGCGCCUGAAAUGCUCUAUGGAGCGCUCACUGGCUUGUUAGCCACAGUGAACCUUCUAGCCUGGUCCAAAGUUUUUCAUGUUAAGUUUUAUCUCUGUUUAUCUGAACUGUUUUGAGUCUACCCACUGCAAUGCAUUCAGAACUUUGUCAAUGUUGAUAAUCAGUCAGGUUCUCUGUUUACAUGUUUGUUUGGGUGAUAGGUUGAUGUUUUCAUGGAAAAAAAAAUGUAUAGGUUGAAGCUAAGAAUUGACUGUUCAGUGUGCCUGGUGCUUCAGGUGAGGUUUGGUUUUUCUAUAUCAUCACAGGAUAUCCAGGUUAUGCUUAUAUCUGUGAACUGUUCAUAAAAGUGGCAUCAUGUCAGAAAAUCGACUGAGGAGUGCCGUUAGUUAAGGGUGAUAGCUACAGACUAUCUGGCAGCCAAGUCGUGGGUAAAAAGAAAAUGGAAUAUUUUCUUGUACUAUGUGCCAGCUGCCUACGAUCAUAGAGAGCUAGAAUAAGAUUUUUAUUGAUGAGGUCUGCUAAAUAAUUUAGUCUUGGGGAAACUUUUGGCUCAGUGGAACUGGAUUUUUGAAAAGCUGUAGAGAUGUAGUUGCCUAUGCUAUAUUGUAAUAACCCUUCACUAGAAAUGUGUGCGGGAGAAUGUAAUUGUUCUAGUUCAAAAUUUACAGAGGGAGGCUUUUGACAGCAGGUAUCAGUUUGUUUUUUUGUUUUUUUUUCCUUUAGGGUGAGUUUGCUGGCUUUUUUUUCCUUUUAUAAAAUGUUUGAAACAGGUUGACUUAGAAUUUAAAGUUUGACUCACUGUAUGUAUUGCUUUUUAAAUUUAUUUAUUUUAAUUCUAAUGCGCAACGCUUUUCUCCCAAUCUUGGUAGGCUGGUUUCCCCAAAGUUGUGUGAAAUCGCAUUGGCAGAAUAAAACCAGGCAUAUGUCAUUUAUAUACCAUACUGAUUGAGAUGUCAGCUGAGAAAAAAAUAAUUGAAGCAUUGACUUUGGGUUUAUUAAUGCAGUAAACAAGUACCCAAUCACUCUGGCUGUUCUUUUUUUUCUCCUUUGUUCAGCAAUGAGUAUGAGCAGCUAGUGAUUUAGUUUAAUUAAAUAAAUGCACUAACUUGUUUUUAAAGAGAAUCGUACUCAAGUAAUGUGAAAUUAUUUUAGAAUGCUUAUGGUUGAUGUUGACAGGCUUGCAAAUACCUACAGAAAUUGCUUUGCCCUUGCAAUAUGUUUUUUUUUUUUUUUAAAUUUGGGUUGGGGUGGCAAAAGGAAAUGUAGUAAUGGAUCAACAAAGUGUUUGAGACACAAUCUUAGAACUGUAUGAAAUGUCACCAAAAAUAAAUUAUUUUGAUUUGG